CCUCCCUAUGAAAACAGAAAGCAGUGUAUUUUCUCAGUUACAUCAACUUGCAGUCUAAUGCUGUGUUGUGCUCACUGUUUUUGUGGUGAUGCAAGUCUUUUUUUUUUUCCCCUCCCUACAGCUGGUUGGAUUUUCCCCAUCUUACAGCACCUCGCAGGUCCCUUCUCUGAGCAGUACGUUGCCUGAGUGAGUAGAAACACAGAGAUCAGCUGCAGGUUUUUAUCUUCAAUAACAGAUACAGAGGGAAAGGGAAAAGGGUUGGAAAAGGAGAGACAAAUAUUGACUUGGCCUUAUAGAAAGACAUCCAGUGACUGAAUAAAGAAGCCCUGUUCAUGUUUUGGGAUAUUCUUUCAACUGGCUGGAACCAGAGUCGAUCAAAAGAAUGGGAAAUGCCAGCAGACCCUUUAGAAGAAUUGCUUAUUUCCUAUGCCUUUUUUGUAUGCUUUUGCUGACUGAAGGGAAGAAAUCAGUGAAGCCAAAAUGUCCUGCCUGGUGUACUUGUACCAAAGAUAAUGCUUUAUGUGAAAAUGCCAGAUCUAUUCCAACCAGCGUUCCGCCUGAUGUUAUCUCACUAUCCUUUGUGAGAUCUGCUUUUACUAAAAUCCCAGAAGGGAGUUUUUUGCUCACACCGUCUCUGCAGCUUCUGUUAUUUACAUCAAACUCUUUUGAUGUUAUUAGCGAUGAUGCUUUCAUGGGCCUUCCUCAUCUAGAAUAUUUGUUCAUAGAGAACAACAGCAUUAAGUCAAUUUCAAGAAAUACUUUUCGAGGACUGAAAUCUUUAAUUCACCUGAGCCUUGCAAACAAUAAUCUCCAAACACUUCCAAAAGACAUAUUCAAAGGGCUGGAUUCUUUAACAAACGUGGAUCUUAGAGGGAACACAUUUAAUUGUGACUGCAAACUGAAAUGGUUAGUGGAAUGGCUGGGCAGCACCAAUGCAACAGUUGAAGACAUUUAUUGCGAAAGUCCACCAGAAUAUAAGAAACGUAAAAUCAAUAGCCUAUCACCAAAGGAAUUUGAUUGUAUUAUUACAGAAUUUGCUGUUUAUGAAUCCCUGCCGUAUCAGUCUCUGUCAGUAGAUACUUUCUCCUACAUGAAUGAUGAGCAUGUGGUUAUUGCCCAACCUUUUACUGGAAAAUGCAUCUUUCUUGAAUGGGACCAUGUAGAAGGGUCUUUCAGGAAUUAUGACAACAUUACAGGUACUUCAACUGUUGUGUGUAAGCCCAUAAUUAUUGAGACUCAGCUGUAUGUCAUUGUUGCCCAGCUCUUUGGAGGCUCCCAUAUUUACAAAAGAGAUAUUUUUGCUAAUAAGUUUAUAAAAAUUCAAGAUAUUGAAAUUCUUAAAAUCCGAAAACCCAAUGACAUUGAAACUUUCAGGAUUGCAGAAGACUGGUAUUUUGUUGUUGCAGACAGUUCAAAAGCUGGCUUUACCACGGUUUACAAAUGGAAUGGAAACGGAUUUUACUCCCAUCAGUCUCUGCAUGCGUGGUACAGAGAUACUGAUGUGGAGUAUCUUGAAAUAGCAGGCAAACCUCAUUUAAUUCUGUCUAGUAGUUCCCAAAGACCUGUAAUAUACCAAUGGAACAAAGGAACAACUGAAUUUGUUAAGCGUCUCGAUAUCCAAGAUAUGGAGGAUGUGUAUGCAGUGAAACACUUCAGAGUGAAAGAGGAUGUGUACAUUUGUUUAACAAGAUUUAUUGGUGAUUCCAAAGUAAUGAAAUGGGGCGGUUCAGCAUUUCUGGAUUUACAAAGAAUGCCAUCCCGAGGGUCAAUGGUAUUCCAGCCUCUUCAGAUAAACAGUUAUCAAUAUGCCAUUCUUGGAAGUGAUUAUUCUUUUACUCAAGUCUAUUACUGGGAUACUGAAAAAGCAAAAUUUGUGAAGUUUCAAGAAUUAAACAUACAGGCACCAAGAUCUUUCACACAUGUUUCCAUUGAUAAACGCAAUUUUCUCUUUGCUUCAAGUUUUAAGGGAACUACAUUAAUUUAUAAACAUGUCAUAGUUGACUUAAGUGCAUGACACUCAUAAUUCUGAGAUUACAUCAGACUUUCUACCAUAAGUGGACAAAAUGAACUAAAUGCAUGAUGACUCUUAUCCUACUUCCAGAUGAAUGCCUUUAAAAGUUGAGAUUGCUAGAACAAAGUAUUACUAGUAUCUUCAUCUUUAAUUGUCAAGUCUAGUGGUGUUGGAAGUUGCAUUUUUUAACAAAAAGAAAUUAAAUUGUUAACUGUUCUUUGCAUCCACAAUAUGUAAAUAUGCGUGCAACUGCAUCUGUUGCUAAAAGUAUUAAGAUGUACUUUUCCAUUUAUUUAUUCACCUGUUUGACAACAACUGCCAAAUAAAAUGUUUACAUUUUCUGUCUUUCACAUUCCAAAUAUGAUUAUUUACAGGUGAUAAUUUUUAUUUGUGUAUAUAUUAUACACAUAUAUAAUAAACAACAAGGUGUGUUGUACAUGGCAGUGUUUUUGUUAAGUGUUUCUUUUAAUAUUAUAAGCCACAACAAUAAAGCACAAGUGGUUUAUACAUGUAAUCACAACCACAUGAUAAAGAUACAGCAUUACAUCCCAACUCUAUAAUUGGUCCAAUGCAGACAGACCCUUGCAUUCAUGUGGAGCUCCACUUGCUUAAAUGGGACUCACACUGACAUGAGUAUAGAUCUAAUUUCAGGAUGGGGCUUUAUAUUGUGUACAGUUUGGGAAUUCUUAAUUUUUGAAUAACUUAUGGAGUAAUCAAAAGAAUAAAGUCUUGUUGUCAAGGCCUAUCUGCUACUCCUGCUGGAGCAGCACAGAACAGGUCGUGUCAGAUGUGACAACAUUGUUCUGUACAAUAAAAGAAAGCUAGGAGCACGUCUUAUUUUUCAGUUAAGAUCUUUUCUAUAUCUGAAGUUUAACACAUCAUUUGCAUGGAUUCCUUUGUAAUUUUAAUUGCUGUCAAGUCUUUUUAGUGUUUUUGCAAUUAUUUAAUCUUCAACAAGUUUCUCUAUUCCUCUGAAUGUGGUUAACUGAAGACAUUUUUCUGCUCUCCUGCACUAAAGUUCAGGAAAAGAUAUUGUCUAGAAUCAGGGAGUUUUAAAUGUAACAGGACAAACUCAAAGCAUGUGUAAGCAGGUGCAAUUCCACCUAAGUUACCCAUCUGCUCUUAAAUUACACCAUCUCUGAAUUUGACCUCAAAAUCUAUUAAAAGAUCACAGAUGAUAUAUUUACACAAAAGAUUACAUUAUGUGUAGAAUCUGAGACACUAAUGUCCAGAUCCUAUUUUUGAAGAGCAUUUGGUACAACUCAGGAAAGGAAUACAAACAUGGUUUUAAGUCCCCCAGUGUUAAGCCAAACUAUACCAGUCCAGUCCUCCUUGGGCCAUUCCCACAGUAAAGGAGCCAUUCUGGCAACUGGAGAUCACUGGAGCAUAAAGGCGCACCAGCCACACCCCUUUUCCCCCAGCUACACCCAUUACAGUGGCCUUAUUCCAUCCAAGGAUCCCACCAAACUGAAGAGAUCCUCCAGGAACCAUAUCUGCAAGUUUUAGGGCAGUUUUGCACUGGAAAAGCUGUAUGAAACUGCUCUAGCAAUUCCUGGCCUCUGGCUUUAUAUAUCCCUACCUUACAUGUAAAUACUUAACUCUCAUUGGUAUUAAUCCCAUGCAACCCUACUGACUUUAGCUUUUAUGAAUGGAUAAUCAGCUGAACAUGACCUCCCCAUAUGAUGCUCUGGCCAAAAAAGCUAAUGUGAUCCUGGGAUGCAUAAGCUGGGGAAUCUUGAGUCGGAGCAGAGAGGCUAUUUUACCUCUCUAUUCGCAUAGGUACGACCGCUCCUGGAAUACUGUGCCCAGUUCUGAUGCACACAAUUCAAGAAAGAUGUUGUUAAAUUGGAGAGGGUUCAGGGAAGAGCCACAAGAAUGAUUAAAGGAUUGGAAAACAUGCCUUAUAGUGAUAGACUUAAGGAGCUCAAUCCAUUUAGCUUAAAAAAGAGAAGAUUAAGGGGUGACUUGAUUACAGUCUAUAAGUAUCUACAUGGGGGACAAAUAUUUAAUAAUGGGCUCUUCAGAUCUGGCAGAGAAAGGUAUAACAUGAUCCAGUGCUGGAAGUUGAAACUAGACAAAUUCAGACUGGAAAUAAGACAUACUUUUUUUAUUGGGGAGAGUAACCAUUGGAACAACUAACCAAAGGUAAUGGUGGAUUCUCUAUCACUGACCAUUUUAAAAUUAAGAUUGGAUGUUUUUCUAAAUAUAUGCUCCAGGAAUUAUUUUGGAGGAUUUCUAUGGCCUGUGUUAUACAGAAAGUCAGACUAGAUGAUAACAAUGGUCCCUUCUAGCCUUAGAAUCUAUGAAUGUAGCUGAUGGCAGAAGUUGACGCAGUACAUUUUAAUCUCUAAUGUAUAAACUUAAAUAUCAAUACUUCUAUAUUCUUGUUUUCAGGCUCAGACAUGCAAAAUUUAUUUCCUGAUUUUUCAGCUGUUGUUUGAUACCUUGCAAUAAUGUGCCCAUCAUCAGGAAUGUCUGUAACAUUUUAAAAUGUGAAUUCCUGUAAUGCUUUCCAUGGAAUAUUCCUAGCAUCAAACUGAUUCCUGAUAAAUGCCAAAGUAUUGACAUUUUGUUGUGUGGAAAGUUUCUCCAAAGAAUGAUACUGAAAUAAUUACUUUAAUGUAUUUGAGUUUUUCCACAUUUUGUGGACUGCAAAAGGAACAAUCUUAGUACAAGUAGCGCCACUUCCAAAGAGCUGGCCAAGAUUCACCUUGCACACAGCUGAAUGAGGGCUAUUCUGAUUUAGCCUUUAUGGCACUGGAAAAAGUUGAAUUUUAAGAAUGACAUUACUAAUACUUGAGUAGUGCUGACAGGUCAAUAGCAGUGUCAAUUCUAGAAACCCUGAGCCAAAUUAAUCUAUGUCACGACUCCAUUGACUUCAGUGGAAUUAUACCAGUUGCAGAUUUAGACAGUGUAUUUUAAGAAGUGCUAUUUCAUGGAGUGACUUUAAAUGAAUAUAUUUCAGGAAGUAUAGGUAUUAGUUUAGAUAUCCACAGGGAGUCAUGUGGCCUUGUAUUUUAAUUCCCAUAUUUAAAAUAUGGGAGUGUAUACAUUUAUGUACUGAAUUUGUAAUGUUUACAAAUUUUUGAAGACUCUGACUGGCAAACAUGAGUUUCACGAUAUGAGUGUCUUAUUUAAAUCACACAAACUAAUUCUGCAAGUUUCUCUGCAUGGGUGGUCCAUUUUGCACACACAUGGAGCCCAAAGAAGCAAGGGUUCACUCACACAGAGCAGCUUGCAGGAUUAAAGCCUCAGUCACAUUCUCUUCUUUCACACCACUAGGAGGAUUGACAAAUAUAGUUGAAAAGCAAUCUUUAAGAAUGAAGAAAUACAUUCAUUUUGAAGUGUAGGUUCUCUCUGUUAUCUUCUACACUUAAACACAAGGUUUUCUACCUUAAACUAAAAUAUUGUUUGAUUUUAAAAGUCAGAAAAAUCAAUGUUACUUUAACAAGUUAUGCUAUAGGCUAGUGAAGAUGGUGGUAGCUGAAUUCAAGUAGAAAUGGACAUCUAUACAUCUGCUACUCAGUUUUAUUGGCAGAUAAUGUAGCAUUAUCCGCUCAGACAUUGUGAUCAAUCCCCAGAGCUGUGCCAUUAGAAGGCCACAUUUCAGGGAAUUAAAUUGCAAAACCAGCCAGCUACAUUCUCAGUGCUGUAGUGACGUAACUGUAUUCUCAAGUUAGCACUUCCUGGAAAAAUAUGAAGGGCCUCUGGGAAUUUACUGUUUCCCCUAUGUUUAGAGGAAUUAGAGCAAGGGUACCAGUGACACACCUAAAUUGCAGUACACAGUAAUUAGAAAACUACAUGAGGUAUAGUUUAAGAUGGUAUUGGGUACCAAUCUAAUAUGCUGUGUAGUUGUGUUACUGAUUUGAUAAUCCCUUUAAGAAAUGUUACCUUUAAUCAGGAACUGGUGAUUUGGGAGAUUUUAGAUGCUAUGAGAGUUUCUAGAAGUUACAAGAGUUACAGAGCUCAAGCCUAAAUCUGUUAAUUUUAGGGAAAGUAUUUUCUAUAACUAAUCUGUGUCAAACUGGAUUUCACAGGCCCUAUAUUUGGUUUGCUACUGUACAGAGACAGCAUUUCAUUGCACCACAUAUAGAAUGGGGUACUUGUAGCACAGAACUCCGGACAGUUAAGCAAUCCUUAAAGUGCAGCGGAGUAGAGGUUCAGUAGGCAGCUUUCUAUGAUGUAUAUUCCCAACUUCAAGAGACAGGGCACUUUAACUGUCUUUAUGAACCCUUGUAUGGAAUUCCUAUUGUGGUCAGUAGGAGUUCUAUGCAAAGAAUAUGGAGCUGUGUUUACACUAUUUCCCUGAGGCUUGCUUAAAAAAAUGUAAUUACUUCUUCUUCCAACAUAAGGUGUUAUUUCAGGCUGCCUGGUGUGGUCUGUGGUUUAAUUGUUUAUUGAGCUCCCUAACAGAAAUGGCUGACAUACUGUAGGCAAGUACCAAAUGUACUUCAGAAAUAAGGAAUACUGAAAAUUAUUAAUGGAUGCACCUAGAGAUCAAUUUUCUUACAUAACUGUUGAUCAUUGAUACCACUGAUGUCAUUUUCAUGUCUAAGACAUACAAUAAAAUUCCAUCAAUAGUUGUAUACCUACAACUCUUAGUUACUAUCUUUAAAUUUUAAAAUGAUGCACAGUUAUAAAGGAAUAUAUAAAUCACAAAUAACCUCUCUUGUGUUGGGAGUGAGAUAUACAUAUAUACACACACACACCCCUAUACAUACACUUAUACACACACACAAAAUACUUACAAAAUUACUGAUUUACAUCAUAUAAAUAUUUAUCUUUAGGUGAUGUAAACUUGUGAGUUUCAUGAAUUGCAGGGGAAAUAAGAUACAACGUAGUACCCUCUCAAUCUAGUAAUUUUCAGCUAGAAGAUAUUCCACUAUUCACUAUUCCCACAGAAAUUCACUGAUGAAAGAGAGUCUUCUUGCACUAAGAAAAUUAAAUGUAUAAAUGGAAACAAGAGACUGUAUUUGCAUGUCACUUCUAUCUGUAUUCUAUUACCUUUUAAUUAGAAUUUUCUUUAUUUCUCUUUUUUCUUAUUGCUUGCCUUUUUCUAUGAAUGGUUGAUAACUACCAUAAAUCCAAGUAUAUUUGGGGAUGGAAAAUAAUUAUCACAGUUAAUGUGUAAUAUGCUUUGAUAUGUUCCUAGCUGAAGCUAAAUGUUUGUUUAAGUGUGUAUUUAUGUCCAUUACAAUUUAUUGUAUUAAUAUUUAAUGGAAAAUAAAGACUAUUUAAG